UGCAUGCCCAUUGUUGUGGUUUCUUUAAUAUACUCAUUCUCAUGUUCAGUCAGUUUCUCAGAGAUUGUCUCCACCCGGGUCAAAGAUACAGUCUCCACCCAAGCCAGACGUGCCUAUGUCAAAAACAAACACCUGUCUCACCUCAUUCACACUCUCACACCUGUAUCUCUGUUUGGUCUGAUUCCAAACCAGAUCAAGAAACCAAACCAAAGACACAACUGAUAAGGACCUCCACGCCUCGCCGCACAGGGAUGUCCUAACAUGGGAUGUUUGGUGGGGGCGGAAGUUGAAGGAGACGGUCCUUCAUCUCGCAAUAACACCGUCCACCUACACUCAGGCUGAGGAUAAUCAUCCUGCGCCGGGGUUUCCAAACGCUGUCCAAGAUGUUCUAGCAAAAUAAUCUACAGACAGUAUUCUCCUCCUUCUCAAAGAAACUCCUGCCAUCAAUCUCACACAAAUCUUUCUAUCGGUCCAGUGAGACACAGUCUGCAAAGAUAUUAAAUCCCCCUGGAAGAACGAAAGCCCUUGGGACAACAGCCACAUCCAUACUGGCAACGAGAGACAUUCUGAAAUGUGUGUACGCAUCCUGCCAUCUUUAUGUCAAACCAAUUCAGGCUGGCCCACUCACCAAAUGAUGACUUGGCAGGAAAAGAGCAAGAAAACAGAGAAGUACAACUUGUACAAGUGAGCUACAGAGAAAAAAGCCCGGCUUUUGUGACAAGCGUCUCCUUAAUGAAGUUGUUUCCCUCAAAGACCUCCUACAGGUCUUGCAUUCAUCAUGAGGUACCUCUGAGGUCCGUCAGCUCCGUAAUGUUCUGGGACAAGUCGCUUUGCAUUUCCCUCACAGAGUUAGAGCGAAGAGUUUGGCCUCCCCUGCAACGGUCCGCUCUUUCCAUUCGCUUCGGAGUCUCGCCUCGCCUCAGAUCCACCGCGCUAAAGAAACCAGUCAGAGCAAACAAUGCUCCUAGAAGUGGAAAAAACUGCAGCCCGGGUCACUACAGAGGCUCUUUAUCAGCAGCCGGUGACCACAAGGAGGAAAGAGCGUUCACUUAUGGUGUUAAGAUUAAAGCUGAUGACUCAGGCACGCAGAGCCAAAGCUUUUCCUCUGGAUUAUUGUCAUUCCAAGGACCAAACACUUCAUGCUCAAAGGCUAGAAGGCAGAAGAGGAAUGCAGAUGAGACAGACUUCACUCCGCUGCGCAAUUUCAGGCCCAAGCAGCACUCUUUCAAUGCUGGAGCAGGAGAGGUUGAAGAGUCACAAACACGGAGUAAGGACGCGAGAAGUAACAAGACAGAUGGAGAAGAAGGAGACGGCGGCUCCACAAAGCCUCAAACGGCUUCCUCUCUGGAUGUAGCUUGUCAUUGCCUUCCCCAGCUGAAAAAUGACUCUGUGGAAGCUAUUCCCGAGACUCUCAGCCUCAAAGAGGCUUUGGAGCUCUUCAGGCCAGACUUCAUCAGUCGAUCUCAGGGUCGGGUGAGGGAGCUGAUGCGGAGGGCUAACCGAAGAAAAGCGCUGCAGAAGUCCAACCCAGACCUGCUUCAAGGCUUUAGGGAAGAUCGAGGCAAACUAAAGAGGAACUGCACCACACCAGAUCCCCUCAGCAAUAACCUUUUCAAGCCUAGAGAGAGGUCUAUAUCAGGCAGGGAGAUGCAGCUGAGGUCCAGACGGAUUUACAACAAGCUGCCAGAAGUGGCAAAGAAGAAAGAGGAGGAAAAAAAGAGGGCCGAAUCACAAACCAACAGAUUGCGAGCCGAGGUCUUCAAAAAGAAACUUCUGGACCAAAUAUUACAAAGAUGAGAUACCAACUGAGGAAUUAAGAUAAAUCAUAAACAAUUACCUUUUUUAGGUCUAUUUCUUUUAAAACCAAAUUGAAUGUGAUUGUUUUUAACUAUUAAGAAACCUUUAACUAGAAAAAACAUUUUUUGUCAUUAUGAACCAUUUUGAACUUUUACAAUGACAAUAAUUACACUU